GCAGGCCUAGGCAGUGUCACAGGUGUCACAACGCAACCUCUCCAUUAAAACUCAAAUCGUCUCUCCCAUACAGACGCUGACAACUUUAGAAAGAGAAGAAAGAAACAUUUAACUUUGAACCAGCAGCAGUCCGCCUGGAUUACAUUCAACAUCUCUGCACUGGAUCAUGGUCCUUCAGGCCAGCGGUGUCAUGAGUAUCCCAGCUACUGUGAGUGUUGACAACCAGCCACCCGCUUCCUGGACAACCCACUACAACUGCGCUGAUGUGACAUCCGGUUACAUGAGCCGGCUCUGGUCUCAGGAUCUUCACCCACAAAACUGGACCAAGUACCAGGUGUGGGAAUGGCUCCAACAGACGCUGGACAUGCACCAAAUUGAUGCCACCAGCAUUCCCUUCCAGAACUUUGACCUUGACGGGAGGCAACUGUGCAACAUGAGCUUCCAAGACUUCACCCGAGCAGCCGGAUCCUUAGGUUCCAUUCUUUUCCAAAGCCUGACUGACCUUAAGUGGAACGGUCAGUAUGGUCACACAGAUAUGUUUACACCAGGGGACAUUAAAACAGAAGUAGAGACAGACUUCCCUUGUUCAAUCCUCCCCUUCAAGGAAGAAUCCAACUUUUACAACACUUCAGAACUGUUUGAUUUCAAAAGCUCAUUCCAGCCCAACACCAUAUUAUCCUCACCUGCUCCCUCAAGCCCAGAUCCCAAGCGGUCACAAGUCAAAAGACACAACCCUCGCGGGACGCACCUAUGGGAGUUCAUCCGAGACAUUCUCCUGAACCCCGAGCGUAACCCCGGCCUGAUCAAAUGGGAGGAUCGCUCCGAGGGGGUUUUCCGCUUCCUUAAGUCGGAAGCCGUGGCUCAGCUUUGGGGCAAGAAGAAAAAUAACAGCAGUAUGACCUAUGAGAAACUCAGUCGAGCGAUGAGGUAUUAUUAUAAACGAGAGAUCCUGGAACGGGUGGAUGGACGUAGACUUGUUUAUAAGUUCGGCCGAAAUGCUCAAGGCUGGAGAGAGUCUGAGAAGUGAAGGACUUUGUCUUCACAUGUAGCUUCCAAGUGAAACCUAUAUU